AUGUCGCUCGAAAAAAAUUCAGAACUGCAGCUCAGCUAUUUCCAGGUGCUAUCGGAGCGAUUGAUUGCACUUAUAUUAAUAUUAAAGGACCAAAAGAACAUGAGGAGGCUUAUGUUAAUCAUUGAGAUCUGUGAUCCCGAGUUAAAAAUAUUAAAUGUAAACGCACGAUAUCCUGGCACACGACAUGACGCAUACAUAUGGUCGAACUCUCCCAUACAUCGUAUCAUGGAACGACGAUUUAACAAUGGAGAACGCAAUACUUGGUUAAUUGGUGAUGAUGGUUAUAAUCUUGAACCUUGGCUGAUGACUCCCUUGAAGCACGAAAUACCUGGUUCUCCACGAUUUCGAUAUAAUAACAAUCUUUGUAGUGCAAGGUCAUGCGUAGAACGCUUGUUUGGUGUGUGGAAAGCGGUAUUUAAAUGUUUAUCAGUGCAGAGGCGAUUAAUGUACAAGCCAGGCAUGGCUGGUAAGAUAAUGUUGAAGAUAACGAAAGAGAACGUAUCUUUCGAGGACGAGCACAUGCAAUUCGCAUACAAGAAAACCUAA